AUGGAAACUAAAAGUCAAUAUCAAAUAGAAUAUGUUGAAAAACCUGUUAUUCCAAUUGCAUUUCGUCCAUUAAAAGAUUCUCAUAUUGAUCUCACUGAAUCUGCAGGACCAUUAUCUUCUCUAACAACAACUCGAGCACAUUUUAAACAAUGGGAUUCAGCACGAUCACAACCGUAUGCUGAAUUACCUUCUGUUGCAGGUCAUGUUCUUUUUCCCGGUCCAAGUCGUUCUUUUAAUACUUCAACAGGAAGUACAUUUAAACCAUUUCCAAAAAUAUCACAAGCAAAACCAAUUCCGCGACUUGAAAACAGUGGAAGUCUUAAACUCUCUGGUUCAAUGGAUUUACGUACAAAUUAUCGUGAAAGUUAUAUUCCACCUGAACCAUCAUCAUCACGAAGUGCUCCAACUGAACGAAAAGAUAAAUCAAAAGAAGAUAAAGUUUAUACACGUCGUCCAAUGUAUACUAUAACACAAACAAGUUUAGAUUUUCGUCCUUAUCCAAAUCAUCGACCAUCACCACCAGCUGAUAUGGAACCAUUUGUAUCUCAAAUAACUUUAGGCAAUUCAUUAACACCAGCUGUAACUAAAAGUCAAUAUCGUGCCGAUUAUGAAGGUAUUGAUACGAGCAGACAUCUUCGUCAACCAGCUGUAAUACCAAAAGAUAAAAAACCUUAUGUAGCGCCAAUUCAAAAGAUGGAUACAAUAUCAGUAACACAAAGAGAUUUUCAACCAUUAGAUAUAACUACUUUACCACGUAUUCGUUUAAUACCAAUGAGAACAACAUUAUCAGUUAAUGAGCAACAUGCUCCUAUGGAAAGUAUAACAAUGUCUCGAUAUCAUUAUCAACCAUAUGACUCUAUAAAAUCCAAACGAAAAUAUGGUGAACCAAUGCCUAAUAUUUAUAUACCUCCGAUAAGUAAAUUUGAAGGUUUAACAACGACCGGCGAAACAUAUAAAGGACAACCAGGUCACCGAGCACGUGCUUGUAUGCCUGAAAUUAAAAUGAUUAAUCAAAUAGGUGAACAUGAUCAUAAAACAAAUUAUCGAGUUGAUUAUCAUUCACAUGGUUUAACAUUAUGUGCUGCUAAAGCUUAUGCAAUAGCUCAAAACAAACAAAAAUCUACAACGACAAUUUCUGCUCAAUAA